AUUUCAUUUCAAAUCUAGGGUUUUUUUUUUUUUCUUGGUGUGUUGAGUCAUGAUCCAGGCACUCUCAAGUUGUUGGCCUUGAGAGUCUGUAGCUCUGUCAACUUCUGAUUUUUCUACAUUUGUUGUGUGCUUAAGUUCUGUUUUGGGUUUGUGGGGGUGGAGCUGUUUCAGCUUUUAGCACCACUUUCCUUCUGUUUUUUGUGGGUAAAGGUCAAAAAUUUCGUUUUUAUUUUCCCCAUUUUAAGAAAACCCGUGUAAAACUCUUGGUUUAGAAUCUCCGUGGGUUUCUGAUUUGAAGAUUUAGGGUUGAAGGGGUUCCGUUUCCCUUGUUUUUCAUUCUUUUUUACUGUCAAGAUUCAACCUUUUUCUGUUGUUUCUAUAAGCUUUUCACCACUUCAAGAAAAACCCUUGUAAAACCCUUUGCUUUGAGAUCUCCAUUUAUGCUUUUAUUUUGGGUGUUAGUUUAAGAAUCUGCCGUUUAGUUAAAGAUUUGAGGUUUAAGGGGUUUAAAAAUACAAUCUUUAGGCACUAAAAUAUAAGUGUUUUUGUAACUAAUCAAUUAGUAAAUGCAUGGAUGGGAGGGAAGCCAUGGCCUUGUCUAGUGGGUCAGCUUCAUAUUACGUACAUAGAGGUAGCGUUGGUGGGUCUGUUUCUGGAACACAGUCUGGUGUGUUACAAGUAGCACCUGGGUUCAGACCAUUGUCGAACCCGGGUAUUCCGGCUCAGUCCAAUGCUCGGGGCAGCUCGGUUGGACCAACAUUUUCUAUAGAGCCAUCUCAUGCCAAUUUUCCUCGUGGCAUUCACAUAGGAGUGUCUCCUGGAGUUCCAUCCGGCGAGCCUGUAAAGAAGAAAAGAGGGAGACCAAGGAAAUAUGGUCCUGAUGGCCAAGUUUCUUUGCGACUGUCUUCUAUGUCUGCUUCUGCUAAUGCUAUACAAGAUUCAAACACGCCUAUCCAGAAGCGGGCUAGAGGGCGGCCUCCUGGAAGUGGGAGGAAGCAGCAACUAGCUGCUCUUGGUGACUGGAUGAACAGUUCAGCUGGAGUGGCUUUUGCACCACAUGUUAUCACUAUUGGAGUUGGGGAGGACAUUGCAGCAAAAAUAUUAUCAUUUUCACAACAGAGGCCAAGGGCUCUAUGCAUCUUGUCAGGCAGUGGUACAGUUUCUUCAGUAACACUACGGCAACCUGCAUCUACGGGUGUCAGUGUCAUAUAUGAGGGUCGUUUCCAGAUAUUAUGUUUGUCUGGUUCUUACUUGGUUGCUGAAGAUGGCGGCCCACGCAACCGGACAGGUGGUGUAAGUGUUUCCCUUUCAAGUCCUGAUGGCCACGUUGUUGGUGGUGCUGUUGCAACGCUUAUUGCAGCAAGCCCAGUUCAGGUGGUAGUUUGCAGUUUUGUACAUGGCAGUUCUAAGACCAAGACCAAACAAGUGGCUGGUGCCAAAGGCAAUGAGGGUUCUGAAGCUCAGCACAGUGAUAAGCUAGCUACACCACCUAGUGCUACCUCUACUCAAAAUUACACUCCCUCUGCAACAAGCAUUUGGCCCGUUUCACGGCCGGUUGAACUGAGAAACCCCCAUACCGGUAUUGACUUGAUGCGCGGAUGAAUAUUUGCUGCAACAGACACAUGCCAAUUUUGUAUAUAAAUGUGUUGUUGUACAUGAACCGAGUCUGAGAGAAUUGUUGCUUGCCCGUCUGCAGUAGGUUGAAGGGUUUGUGCUAACAUGUUCUGUAACAAAGCCAUCAUUUUGGAGAUUAUCAGGAAGCAAUCUUACUGAAAAAUAGAUGAUAUUUGGACAA